AGAGAGAAGGCGGGCGGGCGUGCGCGAGUGCGAGAAGGCGUCGCGCCACUUCUCAUCCGGCAGCAGCAGCGGCAGGACGGCUCGGCUCGGCUCGGCUCGGCUUCGCUUCCGCUUCGCAUCUCGCGGCCGACGGACUUUACGUCGUCUUCUCCCGUGACGCCUUUUUGACAUUUCUUUUUUUUUUUUUUCAUCCGUCAUUCGUUUCCGGCUUUUUUUUUUUCCCCAGCGCCGCGCCCCCCCCCCCCCCCCCCCCCUGCCGCGGAGCCCUCCCCCCUUUUUUUUCUCCCCCCCCCCCCUUUCCUGCCUGUCAUCAUGGUUUCUAUCAUUUCUGACCUGGACCCCCUGAAAAGCUGGAACGUCUUACGGCAGGACGCCGGCGACCUCGGCGGACCGCUACAAAGUAACGGCACGGCCGGCAAGAUGAACGGCGCGCUGGAGCAUUCGGAGCAGCCCGACCCGGACGCCAUCAAGAUGUUUGUGGGGCAGAUUCCGCGCUCGUGGUCGGAGAAGGAACUCAAGGAGCUGUUCGAGCCCUUCGGCGCCGUCUACCAGAUCAACAUCUUGCGGGACCGCAGCCAGAACCCGCCCCAGAGUAAAGGCUGCUGCUUUGUGACCUUUUACACGCGGAAAGCCGCCCUGGAAGCUCAGAAUGCGCUGCACAACAUCAAGACCUUAACAGGGAUGCACCACCCCAUCCAGAUGAAGCCUGCGGACAGCGAGAAGUCCAACGCGGUGGAAGACCGCAAGUUGUUCAUCGGCAUGGUGUCCAAGAAGUGCAACGAGAACGACAUCCGGGUCAUGUUCUCGGCGUUCGGCCAGAUCGAGGAGUGUCGGAUCCUGCGGGGCCCCGACGGGCUGAGCAGAGGAUGUGCCUUUGUCACAUUUUCCACCCGAGCUAUGGCACAGAAUGCAAUCAAAGCCAUGCACCAGUCUCAGACCAUGGAGGGCUGCUCGUCCCCCAUCGUGGUGAAGUUUGCCGACACGCAGAAGGACAAAGAGCAGCGGCGUCUGCAGCAGCAGCUGGCCCAGCAAAUGCAGCAGCUCAACAGCGCCACCACCUGGGGGAGCCUGACGGGCCUGGGCGGUCUCACCCCGCAGUACUUGGCCUUGCUGCAGCAGGCGACUUCCUCCGGCAACCUGGGCGCCUUCAGCGGGAUCCAGCAGAUGGCGGGUAUGAGUGCGCUGCAGUUACAGAACUUGGCCACUUUGGCGGCGGCGGCGGCAGCGGCGGCGGCCCAAAACUCCGCCAGCCCGUCCACCGCCAACGCCCUGUCCUCCGGCGCCGCCUCCCUGGGAGCGCUGGCCAGCCCAGCAGGGGGCGCCCCGGCCGGCUCCGGCGCAGGCGCCAUGAGCUCGCUGACGUCGUUGGGCACCCUGCAGGGACUGGCGGGCGCCACCGUCGGCCUGAACAACAUUAACGCGCUAGCAGGUAGCGUCAACAGUAUGGCGGCGCUUAACGGCGGCCUGGGCGGCGGCGGGCUGGCCAACGGGGCGGCGGCGGCCGCGGCGGCGGCGGCGGCGGCCGGCACCAUGGACGCGCUGACGCAGGCCUACUCAGGGAUCCAGCAGUACGCCGCCGCCGCCCUGCCCACGCUCUACGGCCAGUCGCUGCUCCAGCAGCAGGGCGCCGCCGGCAGCCAGAAGGAAGGUCCCGAAGGCGCCAACCUUUUCAUCUACCACCUGCCGCAGGAGUUUGGCGACCAGGACAUCCUGCAGAUGUUCAUGCCUUUCGGGAACGUGGUCUCGGCCAAAGUCUUCAUCGACAAACAGACCAACCUCAGCAAGUGCUUUGGCUUCGUGAGCUACGACAAUCCGGUGUCGGCGCAGGCGGCCAUCCAGGCCAUGAACGGCUUCCAGAUCGGCAUGAAGCGGCUGAAGGUGCAGCUCAAGCGCUCCAAGAACGACAGCAAACCGUACUGAUGUUGGCGCCGCCGCGGCCCCGCUCGGAACGUCAUCUCUAGGCCGCCCCUUCCCCGAGAAGAAAACCCCACAAAUGUACUCAUUCACCACGCCGCCAGACAAAAACAAGGACCAAGGGUCUCAAGGUUGGUGAUUUUUCUCACCUGAGCUGAGCCAAGCUCCCCGCCUAUGCUGACGCCUACUGAACUGUUUCUUUGGAUUUUCACCUUUUUUUUCUUCUUUUUUUUAAUUUGUUUUUUUGCAUGUGACCUCAUGUGGAUGUUUUGGUGAGGUGAUGACCGCAAUUCAAUGUGAACGGAACACAAAAGCUGCACUCAUUCGUACGAAAAAAAAACAUUUAUUUUAUUUGUCUUCUUGUUUUGUUUUGGGGGGGGAGGUGCAUUGGUUUUGUUUAGUUUUUUAUUGUCCCCUAGCGUCUCUUCCUCUUUUUCUUCCUUUGCGUGACUUUUGACCAAAAAAAAAAAACACAAAAACAAAAACCAAAAAAAGAAAUAAA